CAGCAGCAGCUUCGGCGCAAAGCCCAGCCUCUCGGACCCCCUGCCCUCGCUCUUUGUGUCGUCUCUCGUUGCCUUCCGCCUUCUUUGAGGUUCCUCUCGAGAGCAGAACGAGAGCCAGCGAUCGAGAGAGUGCUCAUGCUGAAGCGGAGCAGCAGCAGCAGGAAUCCGGCUGGCUGUCCGUCUUCUCCAUCGGAAUGAGUGCGGCUCGUCACCGAAACGCCUGGAAGCUGGCGCCGUGGGGCUGGUGGAAGAUGAGCAAGUGUGUGGGCGGUCCCUUCUGUAGCGUCGCGGCGGUGGCAAAUUUGGAUGCUGUGCUCGCUCGCUCGCGCCACAGGGUUUAAGAGAGAGAGAGAGAGAGGACAUUGGUGCGCUUGUAGUAUGCCCCUGCAAUUUGUGAAGUAGCGGCUCGAGGCGAGGCGAGGCGAGGCGAGGCGAGGCGUGCAUGAAGCUUGGGGAGCUGGAGGAUUGUCGUGAAGCUCGUGGGCUGGCGGAGGGUGGGGAUCCUCAAUCGGUCAGAGACGGGCGGAAAUUGAGGAGCUUCGGGGGAAGAGGAAUUUGAGACAUGGGGCCCGAGGAGGAUGGGACCAAUCCCAUGGACGAGGACGGAGAUGGGGAUGCGGAGGAGCAGGGACGAGAUAUGGAGGCGUGGGAGAAGGCGUAUGCUGAGGAUCGAUCGUGGGAGGCUCUGACCGAGGAUGCAUCGGGCCUUCUUCUGGCAGUGGAUGUCACGCAGCAGCAGCGCCAACACCGCCGCCGGUUUGCCGCCAGCAAAGGCCCUCGUAUCCAGAGGGGCAUCAUCCGCUACGUUUUUGUCGUCUGCGAUUUUUCACGGGCAGCAGCGGAGGCGGAUUUCAAACCCAGCCGUAUGGGGGCCGUGGCGAACUGCGUGGAAGCUUUUGUCCGGGAGUUUUUUGACCAAAACCCUCUCAGUCAUCUCGGAUUGAUUACCAUACGCAAUGGUGUUGCUCGGCGCUUGACAGACUUGAGUGGAAGUCCGGAGGCGCACAUUCGAGCACUACGUGCCAAUCUCGAGUGCUCUGGAGAUGCAUCGAUACAGAAUGCAAUCGAUCUCGCUAGAGGCUAUCUCUCGUCCAUUCCCAGUUAUGGCCAUCGAGAGGUUGUCAUCCUUUAUUCAGCCCUGAGCACCUGUGACCCUGGUGAUAUCAUGGACUCCAUCGCUGAAUGCAAGAAGGCUAACAUUCGAUGCUCAGUGGUUGGACUUUCAGCCGAAAUCUACAUCUGCAAAACCUUGUGUGACAAGACUGGAGGAGUUUACUCCGUGGCCAUAAGUGAGAGUCACCUGAAAGAGCUUGUUCUAGAACACGCACCUCCACCGCCAGCUGUGGCUGAGUCCGCUGUUGCCAGCCUCGUGAGAAUGGGCUUCCCUCAAAGAGGUGCAGAAGGAACAGUGGCACUGUGCGCUUGCCAUCGAGAAGUGAAGCUCGGAGGGGGUUACACAUGCCCUCGUUGCAAAGCCCGUGUAUGUGAGCUACCCACAGAGUGCCAUAUCUGCGGACUGACAUUGGUUUCGUCUCCACAUCUGGCUCGAUCGUAUCACCAUCUUUUUCCUGUUCCUGGAUUUGAGGAGGUUUCUGUCCAGCUGCAAUCCAUGGGGAAAUUCGAUGUCUUGAGACUUUGCUACGGAUGCCAGCAAGAGCUUCCAACUGCAGGAAGCAAGGCAAUAGCGGGAGUGAGACUGGAGUGUCCACGUUGCAAGCAGCACUUUUGUUUUGAUUGUGACGUUUACAUCCACGAAAGUCUACACAACUGUCCAGGGUGUGAGAGCCUUGUAAAAUGAGGAUCACAAUCUUGAUUAUUUUUUCAAUAUCGUCUGAAGUUCGUUAUCAUGUUUUUUUAUCAUGGCAGUGAAGUCUCAGUCUCGGUUUUAGUGUAGAGGAGAAAUCGAAGCACACGAUUUCUUCUGAGGUUAGGAUCGCAUAUCUAUUUGUCACUCUCAUUGUUCAAUUUCGUUCAGCUGUUUGUCAAAUUACACUUAAAAGUGUUCAGAGCC